UGCAUAACUUAACACGCACGAGAUGCUGUAAUAGUGCUCCCUGUAGACCUGCUAUGACGCACACGGUGUCUGGUUUGCUUUGAUGUGACCGAUUUCGCACAAUCGCCGAAAGCACAGAAUAUAUUCGUCUGCCAGUCGUCGAGAGAGCCGGUUGCCAAGGAAACAUGACAAGAAAGGCCGGCGUGACACAGUGUCAGAGCCUUGCAAAGUGUCAACAUUGCAGAGUAUUAGUCUUGAUCUUGACCCUGAGCGUGGCGACGGGGGUGCCCGAGGGGGACGAGGUGUGGGCAGUGCAGUUGGGGAGGGAGCACGUAGGGGACGCCCCCCGCGUGGCCGAGGAGCUAGGGAUGACCAUCGUCGGGAGGGUCUUUGAUAACGUGUUUCUCCUCCGAGGGGAGAACGCGAGGGGGAAGAGGGGUGAGGAGGAGGGGAGGCUGUUGCACCCGAAGUUGGAGUGGUCGGAGAGGCAGAUGGGGCGGCGGAGGAGCCCUCGCUUCGAGGAGGACGCAGGCGGGGGAGGGAAGGGCGGCGUGGCCGAGGGGCAGGGGGGCGAGGCAGGCUUGAAUCCCCAUGCUCGAGGCAAAAGAAAUGUCGACCUGAAACCCCCCAAGUCCCCGUUCGACCUCCUGAAGACGCAGGACCCGCUGCGCUGGCGCCAGUGGUACCUGGGGGCCGGCGAGGGCAUGUUCCUGAACGUGACGGGGCUGUGGUCGCAGGGCGUGCGCGGCGGCGGCGUCAGCGUCGCCAUCCUGGACGACGGCGUCGAACUCACCCACCUGGACCUGGCCCUGAACUACGACCCCGCGGCGUCGUGGGACCUGCUCGACGCGGACCCCGACCCGACGCCCGUGCCCUGGUCGCGCCACGGCACGCAGCUGGCUGGCAUCGUGGCGGCCACCCACAACAACCCGUGCGGAUGUUGGGCUACGUGGUGUGGGACGCCGUGGAGGCGGCGGCGCUGUCGUACGAGCGCGACCACGUGGACGUGUACCUGGCAGCGUGGGGCCCCGUCGACACGGGCGCCGUCAUGGAGGGGCCCGGCGGCCUCGCCGACAGGGCCAUGCGGGAGAGCAUCGUGCUGGGGCGGAAGGGCCGCGGCUCCAUCUACAUCUGGGCGUCGGGCAACGGCGGCUUCGUCGGCGACGACUGUAACGCCGACGGCUACGCCAACUCCGUGUACACGCUGACGGUGAGCGGCAGCACGAGGGACGGCCGCCCGCCGGACUACGCCGAGACGUGCGCCGCCACCUUCGUGUCCACGUACAGCGGCGACGCCGACCCUGAGUACCAGCCCGGCGAGCGCGUGAACGGCAUCGUGACGACCGACACCGGCGGCGAGUGUACGGAGUCGUUCCGCGGCUCAUCCGUGUCGGCGGCGAUGGUGGCGGGCGCCUGCGCGCUCGCUCUCGACGCCAACCCGGAGCUCGGUUGGCGCGACAUGCAGCACCUGAUGGUGAAGGCGGCCACGCCGCACAACCCCUUGCCGGAGCACUGGAAGACCAACGGCGUCGGGCGCAUGUACUCGCACUACUUCGGCUUCGGCUCGCUCGACGCCGGGAAGAUGGUGGCCCUCGGCCGGACGUGGCAGCCGGUUCCCCCGGCGUUCCGCUGCCUGGCACUCGCCCCGCACCACAACAUCACACUCGUCCCCGACAGGGUGUUCGUUCUGCCCCUCACCAUAUCCAGCUGCCAGGUGGUGCAGGCCGAACACGUGCAGGUCAACAUCACGAUCAGCUCUGACAACCGCGGUCAGCUCGAGAUUGACCUCGAAUCCCCUUCGGGGACGACCUCCAAGCUGCUCCCGAAGCGGCCGCUCGACGUGUCGCCCUACGGAAUCAACCGGCACCCGUUCCUGAGCGUGCACAUGUGGGGCGAAAACCCGCGGGGCACUUGGAAGCUGCGCGUCGUCUUCCACAAGUCCAACAUCCUCGAGCCGUUCGGGAAGAAGCUUUUCGUGGACGUGCCCAACAUGAUGCUCAACUGGUCCCUGGUCGUCCACGGCACCGAGGUCCCCUUCUCGGAGGCGACGCCUUACCACUACCACUUCAACAGAACGCAGCUGGCCGAGGCGCUGAGGGCACAGAGGACCCAGCGUCGGUCCCGCGGCGGCAGGAGGGCGCGAGAGAAGCCAGGCGUUGGGGAUGACUCCUUCUGGAUACACACUGACCACUGGACGUCAGCCUCUGACAAGGGUGGGAAACCCCACUCGUUCCUGCUCUGCAAAGUGGUGUCAAGCUCGCCUACUCGCGUCACCAGCAUCACUUGGCACGAUGCCAGCGGCGGGGUACCUCGUGACGUCAUCAAGCGCCUCACCGGUAGGGGUGCCUUGGGUGACAAGUUCCCGGCGCUGCUUCUGGUGAAGGAAACUGCCGACUUCAAGGGGAACUUCACGUGCCGCGUCGUUUGUGACGGGAAGGUGUUUACGAAGUCGAUGGACGU